CCCGGCUCCGAGUGACUUACACGAACAGGACAUAAUAAAUCCGGCGGGUUCUUGAUCGAAUAAGGAAACAAGUAGCGGAUUUGUUAUUCUAUAUAAUGGCGUUACCAGCUCCCGGGUUGGAUUCCCGCUUGCUUUCUUUCCAUCAUCAACUGAACCAUCUCAAUAUCUGCCUACUCCUCUAAUCUACUACUCGAUACCUACUACACACCAACUCACCACCAACACAAGCACCACCUAAACCACCACCACCAUGCCCGUCCUCUCAUCCCUCUACGGAACCAGCUCCGUCAUCCUCUCCAACCUCUUCAUCAAGCUCCCCGCCCCCCAAGCCCACCCGGACCUCCCCAACCAAACCAUCAUCGUAACCGGCUCCAACACAGGCCUCGGCCUCGAAACCAGCCGCCACCUCCUCCGCCUCGGCCUCGGCAAGCUGAUCAUGGCGGUGCGCAACCCCGCCAAGGGCCGCGCCGCGCGCGACGCCCUCCUCGCCAGCACGGGCCGCGCGCCCUCCAGCAUCGACAUCUGGCCGCUCGACAUGGCCGACCCGGCCUCCGUCCGCGCCUUCGCCGAGCGCGCCGCCGCCCAGCUCCCGCGCCUCGACGGCGUGCUGGCCAACGCGGGCCUCAUGACCGAGCACUUCACUCUCACCGGCGGCGGCCACGGCCACGGCCACGAAACGACGCUGGCCGUCAACGUGCUCGGGCCCUUCCUGCUGUGCCUGCUGCUGCUACCGGCGAUGCGCGCGAGCGGGCGCGCGACCGGCCGGCCGUGCCGCUUUGUGGUGCCCAACAGCGCGCUGCACUACCUGGCGCCGCUGGGGGAGCUGGAGGCGGCAGCGGCGGCGGCGGCGGCGGCGGCUGGGGGGGAUGGUGAGGGCGUGCUCGCGCGGCUGGAUGAUCCCGCGCGCGCGGAUAUGGCCGGGCGGUAUGCGGUUAGCAAGCUGCUGGUGGUGUGGGGGGUGCGGGAGCUGGCGGCGCGGUUGGGGUCCGGGUCCGGGUCCGGGGCCGGACUGGGGGCGGCGGCGGCGGCGGCGGCGCCGGGUGAGGAGGUGGGGGUGAUUGUUAAUACGCCGAAUCCGAGUUAUUGCGUCUCCGGGCUGGUGAGGGAGAAGGAGGGGAGUCUGGGGUUGCGGGCGAUGGAGAAGCUUCUGGCGCGCACGACGGAGGAGGGUAGUCGCACGUUGUAUCAUGGUUUGUUUGCGGGAGAGGAGAGUCAUGGGCAGUAUUUGACGAACUGCCAUGUUCAGACGCCGGCGUGUCAUGUUACCAACGAGUGGGGACAGCGGAUGCAGAAGAAGUUCUUUGAUGAACUCCUGGCCGCUCUGGAAGAGAUCCAACCUGGGGUGUCGAAAAAUAUUUGAGCAGGAGUGGUUGAUCAAGAAACAGAGAGGUGGAAGUGGAGGGCAGCUUGGCUUGUUGUUUCGAUUGCGGUUUUGGGAGUUGGUGCUUUUGUGUGUAAUAACAUGUUUGGAUUUAAUGAGGUUAAACCUUUGUUUCGUCGUCUCUGGAGAAGUCAGUGUGAACGGCGAAUCGAGAAUAAACUGCGGG